GUUGACUUCGUGUACGCGCUGUACAUACAUACGCGGCGCUCGACACUUUCUUCGCCAGGUGUGCCAACAGUCGGACGCGAUGUGUUUUCCGAGAUCAGGCAGAAUCUGAAUCGGGCUUCUCUCUCAUUCUCUCACAUUCUCUCUGCUACUCCACGUGGUCACGCUUGACGAAAUACGCUAGUUAACGCUAGCAAAACGUUAGUUGUGCGUGUCACGAAUAUGAGAGAUUUGAGAGAGAAAAGGACAGAUUAAUUAGGUUAGCGUUUUUGCGAUCAUUCGCGUUACAUCCACAGGCCUGAUAGAUUGUCGAUUGUUUCUCAAGGUGUAAAAGAUAAACAGGAAACGUACAGUUUCUUUCCCCCUCGAGAUGUCGAAGCAACGCAAAACCGUGGGAAUGACUGCGAAGAUCACGGAAUCUCUGCUGACAGUGCCGGAGCCGAGGAUCACUCAGCACACCGCGCCGAUAUCAUCCGUGCCUGCUCAAUUGAAAUAUACCAAGUUACUGCGAGUCAUAGAGCAGCUAGGUCGCGAUCUUAAACUUUGUUACACCGGCGAUAACCUUAACAAAACACUGCCCAAGGUUGAACGCGGCAUCGCAAAGGCAUGUUGUCUAGUCCAACAAUGCCGUGCUGAGGCUAUAAAAAGUGCCAGGAAAGCAUACUAAUAAUGCUUUCGUGACAAUUACGCGAUGUUUCCCGCAUAGAUAACUCUUUGUAUCACGAUGCAAAUAUAUACUUUAAACAGUACUUAAUGCAUCGUGUGUGGACCAUUGUAUUGUCAACAGUAUUUGUUCUACCUCGACAAUUCAUAUUUUAUACCCGCUCAAAGUUCUUUGUGUCAUGUAUGAUGUUAAGACUGAAAUACACACAAGUAGCUUCAACGCUCUUUUGCUACUCAACUUGGAAUAUUUUUAUGGCUUUGCAGAGAAAGCUCUUAAGACAUUUUUGGAAAAAAAAGUUUGGCUUGAAUCUAGGAUCUGCCAAGACAUAGUUAAAUAAUUUGGCAGAUAGUUGUCACGUGAAACCUCUAUCAGCUAGGUUAUUUAAUAUUCUUAAAUAUCAAAAAUCCAAGAAAUUUAAAUGACGAUAUGUUGCUAUAUUUAAACAAAUAUUUCAAACAUUUUUUAUAUAAUUCUAUAUAAUUAAAGGCAUUAUAUAACUUAGCAAUAGAGCAAUUAGAAAUUGUCCUGCUAUCUCUUGUGUAUUAUUGGGAAUUUUGAGUGGAACGAUAUUAUUCUAUUGUGAUAGAAACAAGAGUCAGGCAAAAACCAAAUUUAAAGUGACUGUGUGUAGUGUGUGUUAUUAAUAGAAAGAAUAAGCUAAGGUGAUAAUUACAAUAAUAUGGUAACAGAUUUUAAUGGAGGCUAAUGGAACUAAAUAUUUUUAUUUCAGUUUAGCUAAGGUAUUAAUCUCUUUUUUAACAGAUAAAUUAUAUAUGUAGAUGAAUGAUAAUAUUAAAUGGAAAAAUCAGAGAUCUCUUGUAUAAAACAGAUAAUUAAAUACUA